CAAGGACCUAAAACAAGUGAUAUCAAAUGUUUUCGAAGUACGAAUACAGAGAGAAAUACUAGUUAUUGUGGAGAACGAGAACAGCAGUUGAUGACCAGAUAAACUUGGAAGAUGGACGCUGGCCUAAAACUGACUUGUUGAGUGACGUGAGCAUUUUUCACCCUUGUGCGCAUAAGGUUAAAAAAACUGGGACAUUAAUUUCACUGAUUGAACAGGUGGAAGAAUCUGGAACUUCACUCAGGAUCUGGAGUUAAGGGUUCCCAUGCGAACAGUCAACAUUUCAGUUUGUCACAUACUUUGAGAACUUAAUCAAAAUAAUCAUAUUUUGUUUAUUUAUGCCACAUUUACUUUAAAGAAUAUAGGCUAUAUUUACAUUCCCUGUCUGAAACUCUCAUUUGUUUUUUGUGCAGCUGUGAAAGAUUAAUUUUUUUUGCUGCCAUCAUGACGUUCCUUCUUGACUCACAACAAAAUAUUGCAACAUAUUCAUCAUAUUGACCUGUAAGCUGGAGUGACAUGCCAGAGGAGUCCCACCACACUCGUCAUCAGGGCCCAAUGGGUGAAGUAGCAAUGGUUGGAGUGAAACUGGCAACAGUCGCUUACAGACCAGCACUACUAGGGAGGUGGGCCUGACAUAUGAUGUCAUUGAGGACAUUAUGAAAGCCAACUGUUCUCUGCCAGAGCCGCCCCACUUGCUUCUGUGUUGCCUCUGUCUGUGGUCUACAAGGAAGAAAUUUGCAUGAGGCCAAAGCCCUGGCCUCAAAUUUCCCUGCAACACGUUUUAACACUGGCAAAGAAGAAAGGGCAGCAAAACAACAUAUUUGAAAACAAGGCAUAUUCUGUGGAAAUGCAUUUGAACAUUUUGCACUUCUCCCAAGCUGCAACCACUAUGGAGAUGCAUUUCUAUUGGUGCAGCAAAUUUGGCCUCACUGGUUAAAAUUCCUAGGCAUCUAAAGCACAGAUGUGUCCAACUGCUGCUGUUUUUGUGGUUUUAUGGCCUGACUUUGUAGGAUUGUCAGAGGAUGAAUCUGCGGAGUGACGUUGAUGAAUCUCCUCGCUUAUCCAGCGACUCCUCCGUCAGUGGCCAUGACCCUGCACUGGCAGACUGCUGCUCGCUGUCCGGUAUUGAGCACUCGGAGGAUGAGCGGCCAGUGAGCACCAUCUCCACACUCUCAUCGGGCUCAUCAGGCGAGGGCCAGGGCAGCCUUUUCCACGACAUCCCCACAGCCCCAGCUGUGCCCUUGACGCCCACUGGCCCCGAUAUAGACCUGGAGCUCAGCCCUGCUAAGGAACGGGAGGGACCCUCGUCCCUGCCAAGACUUGACCCAUCCAAGGGCCAGCACGUCAGCAGCGUGUUUGGUGCUGGAGCCUGCCCACUGCGGCCAAACACAGAUGAGCCUUCGCCUGUCGCCACCUUAGCCAUGAUACCCAAUCCACAGCUGACAUACGUGGACCGUGUCGUCAUGGAGAUUGUUGAGACUGAAAGGAUGUAUGUCAGGGACUUGUGCAGUAUUGUGGAGGACUACCUGGCUCACAUUAUAGACACUAGAGACUUGCCUAUUAAGCCUGAGCAGGUUUGUUCCCUGUUUGGGAACAUUGAAGUCAUCUAUGAAUUUAACAGUGAGCUGUUACAGUCUUUAGAAAUGUGUAACAGUGAUCCUGUGGCCAUCGCCUCUUGCUUUGUGAAUAAGAGCCAGUAUUUUGACAUCUACACUCAGUACUGCACAAACUACCCGAACUCAGUAGCUACUCUCACAGAGUGUAUGAGGAAUAAGACUCUGGCCAAGUUCUUCCGGGACCGGCAGGCAUCUCUAGCGUGCUCCCUUCCUUUGGGCGCCUACCUGCUCAAGCCCGUCCAGAGAAUCCUGAAGUACCAUCUUCUGUUACAGGAGAUUGCCAAACACUUUGACCCUGAGGAGGAGGGCUAUGAAGUGGUGGAAGAUGCCAUCGACACCAUGACAGGGGUGGCCUGGUACAUCAAUGACAUGAAGAGAAAACACGAGCAUGCUGUGAGACUGCAGGAGAUCCAGUCCCUCCUGAUCAAUUGGAAAGGCCCUGACCUCACAACCUAUGGCGAACUGGUUCUUGAAGGAACCUUUCACGUCCACCGAGCAAAGAACGAGAGGACACUCUUUCUCUUUGAAAAGAUGCUCCUAAUCACCAAGAAGAGCAGAGAACAUUAUGUCUACAAGAACCAUAUCACGUGUUCCACUCUAAUGUUGAUUGAAAGUGCCAAAGACUCCCUUCGCUUCAGUGUGACCCACUACAAGCACCCCAAACAACCUCACACAAUGCAGGCCAAAACUGUGGAGGAGAAAAGGCUGUGGGCCCAUCACAUAAAGCGACUGAUUUUGGAAAACCAUCAUGCCAUCAUACCACAGAAAGCCAAAGACGCCAUCUUGGACAUGAGAUCUUCUCGCCCAGUGAAAUAUCGCUACAGUCCUGAGAGGUCAAAGAAGCUUGGCUCUGAUCAGAGUGAAGCCUUCCCCGCUGAAGCACGGAAGGGGCGAAGGCGCUCAGAGCCAAUGAGUGUGAGCAGUACAAAAGGAACUCUCAAGCAUGCAGACAGUGUGGGCACUUUGUUGGUGGACAGCAGCCGGCUCCCUCUGCAAACUGCGGGUAGGGUGACCAUUCUGAGCUCCAGCCAGGGCAAUCAGGAGGUGCCCACCACAGAGGGUAGCAGGUCUGAGUGGUUCCAUCUCCGGACAAACUCCUUGGACCGGCUAAGUGUGACCAACCUGGAAGUCCACAGGCUGGAAACCCCAUUCCAGCAAGAGAAAGAGGAGGAAAAAGAAAGCGAGGUGGUGGAGGAGCAGGGAGGGAGUGGCGAAGAGGAGGAGGAGGAGAUUCUGGUGAAGGACGAGCAGGUAGCUGACUUUGCCAGCUCAGUGUUGGCCGCCAUCUCCUGCUGGCACUAUAAGGCCAGAGCUUUGCUUUUCACUCAGGUCCCAACGGAUGGAAACAGGGAUGAGGCCAGUGAGGAAAAUGAGCUGGUGUCCAAGAGAAGUGCAACACCUGAAGAGGAACAAGAAGAGAGUUGGGUUCUUGCUGAAAAGGAUUCUUCUGGGGAUCACUGCUCACAGAGCUUUUCUCUGCCUGGAGACACAGAAGAGACAAAGGGACUUCAGCUGCCCUUUUACCCUGAAACUGCCCUAGAUGGAGACAGAGAGGGAGAAGAGAUUAUAGAGAGCAGUGUGGAGUUAUUGCCCCCCAUCCAGAGUGUGGUCCAACUGGAGAAUGAAAGGACUCCAUCAAGCCAAAACCUUUCUGUGGAUGUCAAUGACCCUGAGGAAGACGAAGAUGAUGAUGAAGAAGAGGAAGUUUUGUCAAUGACCGAAUCUACCACCAUCUUACCUACAUCUGUUCUUGACAAAGCCAGUGCUAUUGCUGAGCGGUUUGCUACCAGCCUUUCUCGAAGAAACAGCAUGGUAGUUGAUGAGUUCUCCUUUGGGCACCCCUCAUCACAAACAGGCAGUAGGAGGAGUAGUGUUCUCAGCCUCAGUGCUGAUCAGUUGGAAAAGGAGAAGGCUCACGAAUUAGACUGUUUCUCCCCAGAGCCAAUUUGUUUCAAACUCCUAGCUGAACAAUUGACCUCAAGCACCAUCACAAACAGGACAGUCACACCAGAACAAAGACCACCAAUGAUGCAAGACACACUUUCUAAAAAGGACAGAAUGCUCAUCCACAAGAUCAAGCAAUACUAUGAGCAAGCGGAGCACCAGGAUGCCAAUUUCAGUAUCAAACGCAGGGAGAGCCUCUCCUAUAUCCCUGCAGGACUGGUCAGAAAUCUGAGCCGUCAGAUCGAUGGCCUCCCUACCGAUGUGGCACUUCACAGGACAGUCUCAAGCACCAGACCAGCUUCCUGGGCAGUUUUUGACCUUCCACAGUUGGACAAAGAAAAGAACUCCAAUGAACCAGACAUAGAGAUUCCAGCUUUUAUACAUGGCAGUGAUACCUCAGUUGAUGAGGUGAUCGGCAAAAAUGAAGACUUCAGGCCCUUAUCUCAGAUGAUAAAUGUUUGGCAAGACAUUGAGGUCACUAAGGCUUCAGAGAACCCUCAGGAUGCUCCUAAGGAUAGCAAGCAUGGGCAUUUCAAAAUGUCCGGUCCUAACCAAAUACCAAACCAAAGUGAGAGCUAUGGUAGCAAAUGUGGGCAACCCCUGCUGAUAUCAGAGGAGUCUGACAACAGCCUGGCUGGAGAAAGAUGCUCAACCUCUCCACCAUUUAAUAACUACCGAGUCAAGGAUAAUGAGAUGGAGAGCAGCACAAAAAGCAAUCACAAUUUCCAGGAAAAACACAGAAUAAAGCAUUCUCCUUUACCAAAGAUCUCCCUAAGAUCGGGUUCAGAAGAAGACCUAAUUCUGCAAGAUAUGGAAAUAAUGAAGAACAAGGUAUUUCACCUGGCCAGGCAGUACAGCCAGCGUAUUAAGAACAGUAAACCUGUAGUGAGGCAGAGGGUCAGAGUGCCUGAGAGCCAUGUCAACCCCAAGAACCUGGGAUUUGUUGUGGAGGGCAAACCUCCAGAGAAUGAGGAGGGUAUGCAGAACCUGAUGCUGUCGUUUGGUUCAUGUGAGCACAAAGACGUGAGACCCUACAGUCCAUCUCCCAGCUCUUGCUCCUUGGGCAGUCCUAAACUGCAGUCUCAGAGCAGAUCACUUGCUCAGGGUCCACUGAGUCCAGUCUACACUGAGAACUUCCACUGGCCAGAUGUAAGAGAGUUGCGUUCCAAAUACUCACAAUACAGUCAAGAGCGCUCUGCACCUCACAUACUCCCAAUUAGCCGUAGCUGUUCUGUCCCAGAUCGAAUACGUAAGCCUGGACCCAAUCAACCCAUAGCCCGACGGAGUUGCUCCUGCUCCACCCCAGUUUGUAACAGCAUAGAACCCCACAAAACACCAAGUAAAGGCACAGCAGCUUGCGAGGGACCUGUAUGCCAGGGUGUGGCUAAACUGUAUGCAGCCAGCUCUUUCGACCACGUUCUGGGACCACUUCAUUUAAAAUCACAGCAAAACCUUCCAGAAGCCCAAAGGAGUUAUUACAUCUCUGGUCAGGCAACCAUGCCCAAUGAAAGCAAGAUUAUUAUAGUCGAAAGGAUUAUCGGGGCUGAGGCAGAGGAGAGUGGCCUGGAAGUGAGGCAAGAGAAGAUGAUGACUGAGGAGAACCAAAUGGGAUUUGAUGCUAAUCUUGACCUGCCAGGUGAAAUAAAGGGUAAAACAGAAGACUUGAGGUCACAUACGUGGUUGGACAGUGGCAGAGAAUGUCCAGUGAAGUCACUGACAAACACUGAGAACAGUCUGGUCAGAAACCUGUGUGAGAAAUUCCAAAACCUUAGCUGAUGGACCAUGAACAAAUCUGGUGAAUGGCUUUUAGUCUUGACAAGUGACUGUUAACAAAACAAUGGCACAUUGUGUGCAAGUAGCAUGGGUAAAGGUGGGCAUGAAUUAUGUAGUUUUGGCAUAAGCAUUCAUGUGUUCAUUAUCCAACUUGGCUGUUUUUAAGAGUGAAAGUGCUGGGGUUCUAAACCAUUCCACUUAUAUGGUUAUGCUGUAUUGGCUGAUUGGGAAAUGAAAGACAUCAGAUCAUAAAAGAAGUGUAUAUAAAAUUGCUGUUGUGUAAUUGUGUAUAUUAGUAUUUUCUUACAUUUUGUUUCUGUGUAUAAUACUUCUGUUAGGUUUGUGCAUGAACUGACACUGGUGCCUCUACUCAGGAGAAAUUUACCUCUUAAUAUUUUAUAAUGGGAUAUGUAUUUUGGGGGUAUAUAUCGUGACCUUUACUUUUUCUUAUUACUGUACCUGUUGCUCUCUGACUUGGGCAAUAGCAAAAUCUCCAUAACAGCAAUUACAUAUGCAGCAGUCUGCUGUAUUAUAGUGGAUUAUAGUGGAGGAUAAAGCUAGCAUCAAGGCUAUCGUAAAUUCUCCUUCACUUUGGCCUACCACUUUGCAAAUCAAAAUAAGUCCAAUUUUGCCCAUUAUGUAUUACAGUGUAAUCACUUCCUCUGACUUUGCAUGUUGGAUUGUUUAAUGGCCAGAGCUAUUGUCAUGUCUUAUUUUCCGACAGUUUAGAGUAUGUAUUUUAUAAAAACAAGUAAGC